UGUUGGUCUGGGAUUGUGUCUGUGUUUUUGGGCAGCAGUGACUGGGAUAUCUCUAGUUUCUGUGUGGGUUCAGGGUAAGACAGUGAUGUGAAGAAGACAGAGCAGAGCAAGACAGAAACACAGUCAGAAAACGAAGGAAUACAAGCAGAGGAAGUAUUUUCUUCUGGAUAUCUGUGAAACAUGGAGACCCUUUAUGACGACACUGACGAUGAGCGUCAGGAGAAACGAGGUUGCUUCGAGUGCUGUAUUAAGUGUCUGGGCGGCGUGCCGUACGCGUCUCUGGUGGCCACCAUCCUGUGUUUCUGCGGCGUGGCGCUCUUCUGCGGCUGUGGACACGUCGCUCUGACAGGAACCCUCACCAUCCUGGAGAACCACUUCUCUAAGAUCAGCGCAGACCACGCCAUGCUGACCGACAUAGUCCAGCUCAUGCAGUACGUCAUCUACGGCAUCGCCUCCUUCUUCUUCCUGUACGGCAUCAUUCUUCUGGCCGAGGGGUUUUACACCACCAGCGCCGUCAAAGAGCUGCACAGCGAGUUCAAGACCACCGUCUGCGGACGCUGCAUCAGCGGCAUGUUCGUGUUCCUGACGUACAUCCUGGGAAUCGCCUGGCUCGGGGUUUUCGGCUUCUCUGCGGUUCCUGUGUUUCUGUUCUACAACAUGUGGUCGACCUGCGCUGCCAUGCGCUCACCGACGGCCAACCUGACCUCCAUCGACAGCAUCUGUGUGGACGUGCGGCAGUACGGUAUCAUUCCCUGGAACGCAACGCCAGGCAGAGCUUGCGGCUCAACGCUGAGUGAUAUUUGCAACACCAGCGAGUUCUAUCUGUCUUAUCAUCUGUAUAUCGUGGCUUGUGCUGGAGCCGGAGCGACUGUCAUUGCUCUGCUCAUCUACAUGAUGGCUACCACGUAUAACUUUGCUGUUUUGAAGUUUAAGAGUCGAGAGGACUGCUGCACUAAAUUUUAACGCAGUUGCAUGAAAGUGCCUAGAAUGAGCAGCCACUGACAAUAUGGACUAAAAUAAUAGAAACGAGAACAAGCGAGAGAAACCUUUGAUUGCUUUGACAUGUAAUGUGUAAAUAUAGGACUGUACACAGAUGUAGCAUUUGAACAUGCCUUUGCCUUCGUUUCUACAACCACUAGAAAACAUUCAUCUGAACCCUGACACAAAGCCUUUUCUACAGUGUCUUAGUCUAAAGUUUUAAAGCUAAAGAACAGAUGCACAACAUAUUUCAUUUUCUCAAUAAAGACGUUAACAAAUUAUGAUCAGGAAAUGCAAUUCAAAGCAAAAAGACAAAUAUUGAAGACUGAUAUAAUACUGACUAAUGUGUGUGUGUAUAUAUAUAUAUAUAUAUAUGCACACACAUACACAUACAUAAAACACCGGUCAAAAGUUAAUUACGAAAAAAAAAAAUGCAUAUAAGAACAACUCAUUAAUUAUCAAUUAUAAAUACUCAAUGUUGAAAACAGUUGUGCUGAUGAAUAUUUGUAUGGAAACUGAUACAUUUUAUUUUUCAGGAUUCACAGAUGAACAGAAAGUUCAAAAGAACAGCAUUUAUUUGAAAUAUAAAUAUUUUGCAAAAUUAUAAAUGUCUUUACUGUCACUUUUGAUCAAUUUAAUGCAUUAUUGAUAGAUUAAUUUUUGUAUUACUACAAAUAUAACAAUUCACUCAACUCACGAUUCGAUUCAAGAUUUGAUUUCACGAUUAUUAUUAUGUAUAAAAAAAAAAGAGAGAUUUAACACAAUUUAUAAAUUAAAUGUGUCCUGUUAUCAUUGCUUGGACAAAAUGCUUCACAGUUCUUUGUGAAAUUGAAAUAUAACACUGUAAUAAUAUACUAAUAAAGCACUUGCAUAUCAUUGCUCUUUUAUUGCUUUUGAUUGCUUCUUUGCUCACUUUUACGCAGCUUUGGAUAAAAGCCUCUGCUAAAUAGAAUGUAAAUGUAAAAAACGAAACUAAAUUUAAACUUUAAAACAAGUAUCAAAUAAAAAGAAACACAAAUUCAAUAAAUCUCUUCAUAUAAACAAACUACGGCUUUGUAUGUGCUCUUUUCAUUUAAUACGAGAGGCAAGAUCACAGAUGCAAAACAGAUGCAACAUGAACAGUUUUUAAUCUGAAUUACAUUGUAUAACUUUGAAGCAAAACCAGAAUGAUUUGACUUCAGUUUUUGAAACUAUACAUAAAAAACAUCUGCAUGAAACAGCAGACGAGCUGAAGGAGACGCAGAUCCACUCUCUGCCAGCAGAUGGCGCUUAAAACCUUUCCUUGAUUUCUGCAGUAAACAAAGCAGCGCUGCAUUUAUUAACUUUAAUAUGUGUUAUACAGAGACAAGAUGAAAAGAAAAAUACCAUCUAAACUUCUCUAAAGACAGUAAGUUCCUCUCAGAUAUUCAUUCGUAUAAACUCUACCCCUAAAUGAAUCAGGAUUAGUUUAAAUUGAUUUGACUCGAUUUUCUACCAGCUCACGGUUAAUCGUUAAAUCCCUAAAUCCAAACUUUUGAAAGUUAGUGUAUCACAUUUUCCACAAAAGCACAACUGUGUUCAACAUUGAUAAUAAUCAGAAAUGUUUCUCAAACAGUAAAUCAGUAUAUUUUCAUGAUUUCUGAAGAUCAUGUGACACUGAAGACUGGAGGAAUGAUGCUGAAAAUACAGCGGAGCAUCACAGAAAUAAAUUACACUUUAACACAGAUUCACACAGAAAACAGAUGUUUAAAAUGAUAAAAUAUUUAACCAUUUUUACAGCAUUUUUGAUCAAAUAAAUCUUCUUUAGAAAACAUAAAAAAACAAAAUCACAAUUAUUCCAGUCUUUUGACUGAGGGUGUAUAUAAAAUAUAGAAUGAAUUCUCUGAUUUAAUUAUAGCAAAUAACUUCUAAACAUCUAAAAACAGAUCUGUAUGAGCUGUAUGAGGUUUAAUGUCUUUAUGGAGAAAAUGAACGUGAGUUUUGCUUCUAGAAUCUGUUUUAUUGGGGAAAGUUUAUAUAUAUUUGCCAUCUGUGCCAGCGAGCCUUCCAGUGUUUCCAGUUUCAGUGUUGUUUUCAUCAUUUCUUCUCACUGGUUUGAAGCAGUAUUAUGAAUCUCUUGUGAAGUAUUAAUGAUUCAGUGCACAGCUUCACAUCUAACCUAGAUCAGUUGUGUGCAGAAAUAUGAUUCGAGUCAUUUGUUUUACAGUACUGCUAGUUUAAACACAGACCUUACACUGUUCAACAGAGUGGAAGAAACGUGAUUCUUAAAACACAAAUAUUAAGUAGCAUUAUCCGAUUUUAUUCAAAACUACAUUUAUAUUAUCAGCACGCAAUACAGCAGAUCCUUUCAUGUUUUAUUAUUACAUGAUUUGCUCAUAACAAUGUCUGCUUUAUUAUUAAUGAAUAAACAAUCAUGAUUUAUGUGUGAUUGGAUCAUUAAUAAAACAUCACAUAACACAAACACAAUCAAUGAGAAAAUGUGGGAUGAUUAUAUGAUUUCACUUUUGAAAGGCAGUCGAUGCAUUUAUUCACAGAUUUUAUACAGACUUUUAAAAACCUGGCCUUUUAAAAUCACGCUAACGUUUUAGGAUUUUAUUACUUUUAUUAAAAACUAGAUGCAAAAUCAUGCAUUACACAGUGGCUUUAAUUGUGACUAAUAUAGUCAGAAAUAAAUCUUUUAAAGGAACAGUUCACACAAAAAUAACAAUGUGUUCACUCUCAGCUCAUCUGAGAUUAGGAUGAGUUUGUUUCUUCAUCAGGUUUGGAGAAAUGUAGCAUUGCAUCAGUGUCUCAUCAAUGGCUGCUCUGCAGUGAAUGGGUGCCGUCAGAAUGAGAGUCUGAUAAAAACAUCACAAUAAUCCACAGCACUCCAGUCCAUCAGUGAACAUCUGGAGAAGACAAAAGAUUAAACAAAUCUAGCAUUAAAAUGCUUUUAUCAGACUCUCAUUCUGACGGCACCCAUUCACUGAAGAGCAUCCACUGAUGAGACACUGAUGCAAUGCUACAUUUCUCCAAAUCUGAUGAAGAAACAAACUGAGAGUGAGCACAUGUUCAGAAAGGUCCAAUGUUUUGUUGUGAAUGUGUCUCUUGGUUGUUUUACACCAGCGUUAUUGCCUUAACAUUCAGAUUGCAUGCUUUAUCUUCCAUGAUUGAUUUAAUAUUCCUCUAGGACUGUGGUGCCUGUAGUUGUUCCUUGAUCAAAAUAAACCUUCUUUGUGUUCAAAUGA